AUGCCGUUUCUGGACUUCUCCUACGGUGUGGUGCCCAGCCGCAGGCACUCGCCGGCGCCGGUGCGACAUGACCACCGCAACGAGAUUGUGCAGGCGCUGGACGCUCAUGAGCACACGGCCAUCCUUGGUCGCCGAGUGCAGGCCUCAGCACGAGAUAGUCUUAGGGUUUGGGGUAAUCCCUUGGAUGGAUUUGACGAAUUCAUGCACCUGGGGCACGCAUGA